UAUGGCGGGCAGCAGCUGAGACUCUGCAGUUAUAACCUGGUUGGUCGGUUAGUGGUUGGUUAGUUGGUUAGUGGUUAGUUAGGGGUUAGUUAGGGGUUAGUUGGUGCAGAUGGAGCCCGCGCACCGGGCCGCGCUGCGGCGCCUCCGUCUGGAACUGUCCGGGCAGCUGCUGGUCAGCGACUCCAUCGUUCCGCUGCUGUACCAGGAGGAGGUGCUGUCCGAGGCGCAUGUGCAGGACAUCGAGCGGCAGCCGACGGAGCGGCUGAAGAGCCUGCGGCUGCUGGACCUGCUGCCGCACCGGGGGCCGCGGGCCUUCCCCGUCUUCCUGCGGGCCCUGCGGGACUUCAGCUGGCUGCGGGACCGGCUGCUGCAGGAGCUGCAGGAGCUGCAGGCGGGACCCGGACCUGGACCUGGACCUGGACCUGGACCUGGACCUGGACCUGGACCUGGACCUGGACCUGGACCUGGACCUGGACUUGGACCUGGACCUGGACCUGGACCUGGAACCGGAACCGGACCCGGGGACACAGACGUCUGCCGGCUCUCGGACUCGGUCCUCCGGAGGGUUCCCUCGGACCGGGAACUGUCCCGGCUGGCGUCGCGGCUCGGCGCCGAGUGGGAGGCGGUUCUGAUGGACCUGGGCCUGUCGGCGGAGACGGUGUUCCGUUGCCGUGCCGACCACGGCCUCAGCACGCAGGCGGCGGCGCUGGCCGGCCUGGUGCGCUGGAGGCGGGCCGGGGGCAGGGACGCCACCCUGGGGACGCUGCUGAGGAGCCUGGAGGCCGCCGACGUCCACCCGUCCGUCCUGGAGGACGCCCUGGGGUGAACUCUGACCUGGAGGACACCCUGGCGCUAGGGCUGAACGAUUAAUUGCAUUUGCGAUAAUAUCGCGAUAAGGAAUGGGCGAUAUUUUACCGUUCACGAUGUACCAUCAAAAAAAUUCCCCACGGUAAGAAUUUGUCAUCUUGCGGUAAAAAUGAUAAAUUCCCGUUGAUGAUGUUUUUGUGUAAAGCCGGAUUUUUGGUUCUGCGUUAAAUCGACGCAGAGCCUACGGCGUAGGUUACGCGGCGAUGCAACGUACGGUGCGCGUGCGAGAAAGAAAGAAAGAAAGAAAGAAAGAAAGAAAGAAAGAAAGAAAGAAUUCCCGUUGAUACGUGUUUGUGUAACAAACAUGGCGGAUCUGAGUCAUUCCAGUUUUGCAGUACAGGUGGAAUCAUUUAAUUGGUUUUUAUUAAUUAAAUUUAAUUGGUGUAGUUUAGUAGCAUUUAGUAUCUUUUAGAGCAGUGUUUUGGGGCUCCAAAGACUGAAUGUGGUGAUAGAUUUAUAGUUAAAAAGUGGAGUUGAAUUGGUAUUUUUUUUUAUCGUAAUUUUUAUCGUUAUUGGGAUAAAUGCCAGAAAUGAUUGUGAUACAUUUUUUAGUCCAUACUGCUCAUCCCUAAUCGUGAUGUGAUAAAAUGAGAUUUUCUAACCGCAAAGGCUGUGAUUUUUCAACACCUAAAUCUACCAUGGCCUCGGUGUUGGGGCUCGGCCGUGUGGGGCUUUCCUCCGCAUCUCGCGCUGGGAGCGGGCGGGGAGGAAAUAUAUGAGCGCGAAGUCGGCGUGGCGAGGAGCACGAGCCGGGUGCCGGUGGACCGUGCAGUCGCGCUGUGAGCUGAACCUGCAGCUCAUCAGGAGGAGAGGUUAAAGGGCUGCCAGUUGUUCAUUGCUGGUUUGUUUUGUUAACUCUAUGAGCUUUCUUGGUUUGUUUGCUGGUGGUUUUUUUCUCCCUGUGAUUUUUGAGUUUCUUGUGAAGAAGUUCUGAGUUUCCUGUGAGGAAGGUUUUUUUGUUCCCAGUAGGAGUUUUUGUGUGUUUUUCUAUUAAACUACGCAUCAUUUUGGCUAAAGUUUAACCCGGUUUGGUGUUGUGCGAUUGGGUUCAGAGAACGACCCAUAACACUCGUGUGUACAGACGUGUGUAGACGUGUUAAAGAGGUGAAGCCACAGAUUUGUUUUCUUUAUUGUUGUAAUCUG